AAAAGUGACCUCUAGGUAUGGGAGGGAGAUGCUUUUGUCUCCAAAGCUUCUACUUUUGAACCCUUCCGAUUGAUCGGUAAUGAUGAUUUGUUGAUGGCUAUUAGGGGGUUUUAUACUUGUUGACUAAACUAGGAAAUGAUUCUCACGGAACUGAUGGAAUUCGUGCUACUAAGUGAAGAAGAGUCGGUUAUUAAACUUUUGUGUCAUUAUUUCCGGUGAAGUGUUUAUGCAUCAGUUCUUAUUCAGGAUUUGCUGCCCUGAAGUGAUGUGAUGCUUACUUGACCGAAUACCACCCUCAGAACGGAGUUUUGAGAUUUUAUUUGUUGAUCUCAAUAAUUUCCUGGAGUCUCCGAUGGAUGAUGGUGGGCAUCGUGAAAAUGGAAGAAUUAAAACAGAUCAGUAUAGAGCAGCUCAGGGCCAGUGGCUGAUGCAUCAGCCAUCAAUGAAGCAGAUAAUGGCCCUUAUGGCUGAACGAGAUGCAGCCAUUCAAGAAAGGAAUUUAGCUCUUUCCGAAAAGAAAGCAGCUAUUGCCGAGAGAGAUAUGGCAUUCUUGCAACGAGAUGCGGCAAUUGCUGAACGAAAUAAUGCUAUAGCGGAACGUGAUAAUGCCAUAGCGAAUCUGCAGUAUCGAGAGAACUCCUUGUCAUCUGGUAAUAUGUCCUCUUGUUUGGCAGGGUUCCAUAUGUCCCGUGGGGUGAAGCACAUGCAACAUCCACACCAGAACAUUCACCAUCUUCCCCACAUUAGUGAAGUUCCUUAUAACUCGAGAGAAAUGCAUUCAACUGAUACCCUUCCAGUGAUGCCAGGUACCUCCGAAGCUGCAAAGUCAAGACGGGGUAAACGAGCAAAAGAGGCCAAGGUGAUUGCACCUAACAAGAAGGCUUCAAAGCCUCCUAAAAAGGUAAAACAAGAGACUGAAAACUUGAACAAGAUUAUGUCUGGCAAGUCACACGAGUGGAAGGGUGCACAAGAUGUUGGUGGUGCCAGUGAUGAUUUCAACAAACAGUUGGUUACAACCAAACCAGAUUGGACAGGUAAAGAUCUAGGGUUGAAUCAAGUUGUAUUCAACGAGUCAACCAUGGCACCUCCCGUUUGUUCCUGCACCGGAGUCCUAAGACAGUGCUACAAAUGGGGAAACGGCGGGUGGCAAUCUUCAUGUUGCACAACAGCCUUGUCGAUGUAUCCUUUGCCGGCAGUUCCAAACAAAAAGCACGCCCGUAUCGGUGGUAGAAAGAUGAGUGGAAGUGCUUUCAACAAGCUGCUUACUCGGCUCGCAGCUGAAGGUUAUGAUUUGUCCAAUCCUGUUGAUCUUAAGAACCAUUGGGCCAAGCAUGGGACAAACCGCUACAUCACCAUCAAGUAGGUUGUUUUAACCAAAUCCGAAUCGGAAGUUAUGGAGAACUAGCAAAGUAUCGUUCGACAUUCAUGUUUCCAUCCUUACCAUUCUAGGAGUGUAGGAAAAAUAAAUAAUCCAUAAAUAACCGUAGUAAGGAAUACUAGGUGGGUAAUGCCAACUUAAAUUCGGGUUUACUUCUAAACGGCCCCUCUGAUACCCCUCACUUGCUAUCCGGCCUCGAUAUCCUUCAUUACCAGACUGGUAUUUGAAGAGAGGAUAAAGGGUCUCAUGUCAUCCAAUCUCUGGAGAAGUGAUGGGGUUUUCAACUUGCCACUAUGUUAGCAAACGGCUCUACUUAAUUGUAGAAGUAUUGUGCAUGAGACGUCUUAUUGUACUUUAAUGAAGUUUCAGUUUAUUAGCUUAA